GCCACUCCACUAAUUCCCCCAUUAAAUUUUCAUCAUGUCGCAACUUAGCGCUCCCAAAGACAACGGCAGCAGAACCAACACUAAGGACAAGACUAAGGACAAGACCAAGAUCAAGAGCAAGAACAAUACUCAACUUUCCAAGGCCCUAGACUCAGAUAUGUCGCCUCAAAUCAAUAAUCUCCAAUCCUUUGACCCCUUCGCCGAAGCAGGAGACGUCGAUCUCAAGCAAGCCAAGAAGAUUCACGUUCGUGCCCAACAAACUCAAGGACGAGCUAAAUUCGGCAGAGACGGAAAGAGAAAGCAACAUUGGGUCACCACCAUCGAAGGACUUCCCGAAAAGUUUGAGAAGAAGAAGAUCGUUCAACACUUCAAGAAAACUCUUGCGUGCGCGGGUAGUAUUGUGAAGAACGAGACUUGGGGUGAAGUGAUUCAAGUGCAGGGAGAUUACAGGGAGGCGGUCUUUCAGUUUCUCACUGGAAAGACUGGGUUGGAGUUGAGUGAGAAUGUUGUUGUGGUUCAUGGAUAGAUGAAGAAGAUUGUUCCCUCGCUGGUCGAGAAAUAAUAGUUGAGAGGUGAGUCUUUCGUUUUUAAUCAUUUUUCGAAGUACAAGAAAUUGAAGACA